AUGGCGUCGUUGAGAAAAGCUGUCACCGUUUCAAGCUUCUUUGCCAGGUCCAUCCACCGCCGCCUCCACCCCCACCACCACCGUCUCACUGCUUUUUCUCCCUCAGCGGCUCACUCAUUCAGUACAGGCGAUCCCUUCAAUGUCAAUUCCCAAAACCCCUCUGGACCAGUGAAAGUGGAAAUACCAGAUUAUGAGAUGAAUGUGGUGAACAAUAACUUGUGCUGCAUAAGAUUUGACGUUCCAGGUCUAACCGCAGAGGAUCUGAAAUUGUGGGUGGACGAGAACAAAGUUAUAAGGUUUGAGGGAAGGUGCAAGAGCCAGCCCAAGUAUGAGGAUGAGGGAAGGUUAUACGAAGGUGUCAUUGAAAAUGGUCCAUGGGUCCUUGAAAUGGACCAGCUCAAGGCUGAGUUGAAGCAUGGUGUCCUCUGGAUUUCUCUGCCACUCAAUGAAUAUGCUAAGAAAUGGCAGAGAAAUAUGGAAUACUCCGAAUAA